AAAGCUGUCCAACUGCCGGCCCAAUUCAUGAGUGCACGAAAACUCUUCAAAACACCACGCAACCAAGCCUCGUCACCGAAAACAUGCUCAGGCUGGGACCAAGUAGCAGGUCUCUGAGAACAGCUCAGCUUGUCAGGCCGCGGGUGCGACUUUACGCGUCCACCAAACACGACAGCCGCAAAAGUCCUUUCUCCAGGCAAGAAAUUGAAGAUGACACGAUGCAGGACUUCAGACCACCUUGGGUGUACAGGGCGUCAGGUUUCUUGAUAUAUACUAUGAUACCUGUCGCCAUCUUGUACUGUGUGUUCGUCGCCGACUACGGUGACCGGGAACAUGUCUUCUCGCCAGUACGAAGAUGGGCACAAGGACACACAGAAUCAUUCUUGUCGUUGACGCCAGAGGAAACCGCCCUAGCUCAACGGGACACCACGACCAACGACAUCACCAGUCAGAAAAAGGCGUCGUGAGAUUCCCGGAAUCUUGGUGUUUAGCUUAGAUUUAGUUGCCUGUGCUUGAGUAUUGAAUAUUUGGAUGGCCGUGUGGUGCGGCAUUGUGGCUGGCA